AUCUGAGCUUCUUAAAAAGUUUACACCAGCAGCACACCACCAGUAAAAACUCGGUACUUUUGAACAACUCGUUCAUGACUCGCGCAUCUCGAGAAGCAAAACAGUAGCAAGCUAGCAAGUUAUGGCUUCCUUACGCUAACGCCAAACGAAAUACAUUACGUUAAAUGUCAACUGCUUAGGUUACGGUGACUUCUGCUAAGUUAAGGUACGAGCACAAUGCCCAAUUGUACAUUAACGUCAUGACGGACCGAAUUUGCAACACAGCAAUGUCUAAUAAUCCCGGAAUGUAACGUCACUGUCAACCGACUCCUGUGAUAGUUUGUGACUAAAAGCCAGUGCUGGAGGUAAUGAAUUGGUUAUGAGCGUGGGGCGAUGGAGGACAAUCAAUGUGGGGACGUGGACUAUCUGAUCCAAGAUGAAGACACCUUUAUAGAAGGUGUCAGCAACCAGGUUUUGUUUGCUGUGGUGCUCACCGUUACCUUCCUGGCAGGGAUCCUAACGCUGCUGUGCAGAGAAGAUCAUCAGAACAUCCAUCCUGAGAAUCAGGAGCAUGUCCGGGCUGUCCGACAGCAGCUGCAGACAGAACAGGAGGAAAAUCCUCAGCCGGAGGCCAGGCAGCAGUAUUACACGGACAUGUCCUGCCCCGUGUGUUUACAACAGGCCGUGCUGCCUGUCGAAACAAAUUGUGGUCAUCUUUUCUGUGGUUCAUGUAUUAUAGCCUACUGGAGGUAUGGCACCUGGUUGGGUGCCAUUAACUGCCCCAUAUGUAGACAAAUGGUCACGUUGCUCUUUCCGCUUUUCCAUGAGCACACCACGCCUCAGAGGGUCCAGGAUGGCGUCGCCGAACCUCAACUCGUCUUGAGAGACAUCACCGAUUACAACCGACGCUUCUCAGGCCAGCCCAGAUCUCUGAUGGACAGGCUACGAGACGUACCCACCCUCCUCCGCCAUGCCUUUAGGGAGCUGUUCUCCAUGGGUGGCCUCUUCUGGAUGUUCCGCAUCCGGAUUCUCCUCUGCCUGGUGGGAGCCCUCACCUACCUGGCCUCGCCCCUUGACAUCCUACCCGAGGCGCUUUUCGGCCUGCUGGGAUUCAUGGACGACUUCUUCGUCAUCCUGCUCCUCUUUGUUUACAUCUCCAUCAUGUACAGGGAGAUGGUCACACAGAGACUGAACGGCUAGGGCGGCAAGGCCUAUGCUUUCUCCAACGCUUGUUUACACUGGAGGUAUGUGGUGAAUUACCAAAGGAAAGUUGAGCAAAACUGCUUGUUUACGCCAUUCAUUUGGAAGGAAAAGUUGGCUUUGUACAGAACAUACAAGUAAUACUUCAUCCACUCUUUUGGGGCAAUGCAACCAAGAAUGGAGGGUGCACCACUGCUUAAAGUAACUGUUGGGGUAAGACUACCAGGUAUGUAUUAGAGGUGGAGGGAGUUUAUUUGUACAAAUGCAUCUUACAGUUCCAUCGACAGUAUAUAUUUGCGUUCUUUUCCCACAAGUAGUAAUGUAUGUAAUUACAAGUAUGUAAUUCGGCGUCAGUCAAACGUCUGGAGACAUUUGCUCAUGCUGUUGAAUGAGAGUGCAUCCAUAUUUUUGACUGGUACUGUAUAUUACAGUGGGCACUGUUAUAUGAUUAUACCGCCAUGUUGCGAUGAUUUAGCAGUUUCCUAACAUCAACCAUAUUUGCCUGAAGACCACCGCUCUUUUAAUUUGGGGCCAUCGGUAAAGCAACCCUGCUUCACACCAGGGAAACGGAAGCGUUUCUUUGAGGUGAGGUAUUUAAUUUUUGGAGCAAAGGCCAAUAUUGAAAGAGAUAUGUAUUACCAUGCAUCAUACAUAUUUGUAUUUUGUGAUGGGGCCUUCUUUACUGUAAGUGGCUGUGGUGCACAAAUUCCCCUUCCAUUACACGUGUCAUUCUGUGGAUCUUACAACCUGCUAGCCAUUUGCUAUUUGGUAAUCAUUUAGGUUGAAUGAUCAUGCAGGACAACGACACAUAAUUCUUGAUUCUGUCAUUUGAUGUUUUAUUUUUGUGUGGCUGUGAACUGAUGAUAAUGCAAGGCACUCUAUUUGGCACCCUGGGCUGGAGAAAUAAAUCUGACGCUUGAGCAA